AUGGGAGUCAUAGGUCACGAUGGCGAGACGUAUCAUUUACACCCAUUUGCCAAACGGAAACAACCAGAUGACGAGUCGGCCCUCACUCUCGACCACAUUCUCUCUUCUGAUUUUGAGGGCUUCUUAUCUCGGCGCCAACGAUAUGCUCUCGCUCUGCUGAUUGCAUCGUCUGUGGCUCAGCUUCAGUUCACUCCGUGGCUGCGUACGGGUCUUGUAAAAGAGGACGUUCUCUUCUUUUCUGGUCACGAUGACCACGACGUUCCCUUCAGCGAGCCCUUCAUCAGGCAAGGCUUCUCACCCGCUUCCAGCCCGAUCACUAGCGAAACCGGUGACCGCAACUUUUACUCUCUGGGCAUAUUGCUCCUCGAGCUUUGCUUCGGGAAGAGAUUGGAAGACCAUCCUCUGCGCAUGAAGUAUCCAGUCGGUGACACCGAGUCCAAGCAAGCAUUCGACCUAAUGGCAGCGCUGCGGUGGUCAAGGAGUGUCUGCGGUGAGGGCGGUGAAGACUAUUCCGCCGCCGUUAAAUGGUGUUUCACGGGAGCGGGUGAUGUCGGCAAGAGCUGGCGGAGCGAGAUCAUCAAGAACGUCAUUCGACCACUAGAGAUGUGUCAAGAACAUUUUAAGACUGUUGCAGCCACCUGA